CAGGAGUUUCGACUACGAGUUUCUAUUUCAAGAGACCACUCACUGCAACAACAAGAACAAAGACAUGGACUGAUUCGGCGUCCAGGAGGCCACACUAUCUCUGUGCAGCGCAGUCUGGGGUCCGAAUUCGAAACAGAAGCAAUCUUUGGUAAGAUCGAAUUUCGAACAUUAUUCAGAAGAACAAGAAGAAGGCUUGGGAAAUUUAGAAGCAGAAGAACGAACGAAUUCUCCCAACUGGCGAAAAAAUGGCGGAAUUCUUGGAGCUGGAAACUCAGGACGGUGUAAGGAUGCCAUGGAAUGUGCUUCCGGGGACCAAACAGGAAGCGAGCAACUGUGUUGUUCCGAUCUCCGCAAUAUACACUCCGAUCAAGCCCUUCCCGAACCUGCCAGUUCUGCCCUACGCUCCUCUCCGCUGCCGGACCUGCUGUUCCGUGCUCAAUCCUUUCUCAAUCGUCGAUUUCGCGGCCAAGAUCUGGAUCUGCCCCUUCUGUUUCCAACGCAAUCACUUCCCCCCGCAAUACGAAUCCAUCAGCGAAGAGCAUCUCCCCGCCGAGCUCUUCCCGCAGUACACUACCAUCGAGUAUGAAUAUCCAGGUGAAAACCCUUCUUCUUCUUCUUCUUCUUCUUCUUCUUCUUCCCCCGUCUUCAUGUUCGUGGUGGAUACUUGUAUCAUCGAGGAGGAGAUGGCUUUCCUUAGGUCGGCCUUAUCUCAGGCGAUCGACCUUCUGCCGGACAAUUCCCUCGUUGGGCUCAUCACUUUCGGGACAUUGGUUUACGUUCAUGAGUUGGGUUUCGGCCAGCUUCCCAAGACCUACGUCUUUAAGGGCUCCAAAGACGUGUCCAAGGAACAGCUGCUCGAGCACAUGAGCUUUUUCCUCAAAAAGCCAAAGCUUCCCGCCGGUGUCAUUGCCGGUUCCAGAGACGGACUCUCUUGCGAGAGCAUUUCGCGCUUUCUUCUGCCCGCUUCCGAUUGUGGCUUCGCUCUUAAUUCGGUUCUAGAGGAGCUGCAGAAAGAUCCCUGGCAAGUACCAACUGAUCAGAGGGCUACCAGAUGCACCAGCACUGCUCUUAGUGUAGCUGCUUGUUUGUUGGGAGCUUGUGUUCCUGGUUCUGGAGCUAGAAUUAUGGCGUUCGUUGGUGGUCCAUCUACAGAGGGUCCUGGGGCUAUUGUAUCAAAGAAUCUUUCUGAGCCAAUUCGAUCGCACAAAGACUUGGAUAAAGAUUCAGCACCAUAUUAUUACAAAGCUGUCAGAUUCUAUGAGGGACUUGCAAAGCAACUUGUUCAUCAAGGCCAUGUACUGGAUCUCUUUGCUUGUGCCCUUGAUCAGGUUGGAGUUGCUGAGCUCAAAGUUUCCGUUGAAAGAACUGGUGGCCUAGUGGUGCUUGCAGAAAGCUUUGGCCAUUCCGUGUUUAAGGAUUCUCUUAGACGUGUUUUCCAAUCAGGCGACAAUGACCUUGGGCUAUCAGCAAAAUGAUACAAAGGAAAGGAGCAUGGUUUGCUCUGCCACCUCAAUGAAAUAUUUUUUUGAAGAUUUGUUCAUUUAAGAUGAGUCUCUUCAACUUUAACUUUCUAAGCAUAGUGAAAAUAUCAAACUUGUUAUGAUACUGAACCUUUAAGCUUAUCCUGAGACGAGAAUUCUGUACAAAGUAAAUCAUCUUAUCAAGUUUUAACUUUUGUAUUAUUGUGGUGAAAUCAGGGAGAACUCUGCACUUUUCCCCUAUUCCGUGAAAUUGAAAAUGUCAGUCCUGUAAUGAUCUGAAGAUAAUGCACCUAUGUUAAUCAAGAUGAAUAGUUAAUAGCUUGGUGCCUGAAUAAGCAUCAAACAUGUCUGACAGUGCAGCUACCUAUGCCUUGUUCUAGAGAGGUUAGAGUAAUAUAGUAGGUGUGACAUCUGAAUGGGAGUCUGCAUGGUAUAUCCAUCCCAGUAAGACAGGAGGGUAUCAUGUAUCGGUCCCUCUGAGGCUGUAAUUUGUUCCUUGACAUUCUGCUUGAGCACAGAAAUUUAACUUUCCGAAGAAACUUUCUUCAUCUUGAACUUGUGAGAUAGUUUUUCACUUAUGGCGGUAGGUGGUAAACUGUUAUCAUCUAGUUUAAUUUUGUAGAUCUUGAAAGCACAUAAGAAGUAUCCCAUUCUCAUGCUGUUUUUCAUGCCUCAAAAUACCUGUCUGAUACGUCCUUCUGAUGAUAAUGUAUAUGUGGCUGUUGAGGUUGAAUGUAAUGGAGCUUUUCCUUACGUUUUGGUUCUUAUAUGUAGUGGUAUCUUUGAGAUAAACUGCUCCAAGGAUAUCAAAGUUCAAGGUAUAAUUGGCCCGUGUGCAUCUCUUGGAAAGAAAGGGCAGUUGUCCUCUGACACUGUCAUUGGUCAGGGAAAUACUAGCGCAUGGAAGAUGUGCGGCAUGGACAAAUCUACAACUUUAUGUCUGAUAUUUGAUAUUGUUAAGAAAGAGAGCCCAGAACUUGCAGUUCAACAUACAAGCAAUCAGUUUUAUUUUCAAUUCUUGACUUGUUACCAACACACCAAUGGUCAAAUGAGAGCUCGUGCUACAACCCUCUCAAGGAGAUGGGUUAGUGGACCUGGAAGUAUACAGGCCGAGUUUGAUCCAAUAAGAUGGCUGGAUAAGGCUUUAAUUCAUCUAUGUUCUCGGUUUGGAGAUUAUCAGAAGGAUAGCCCAUCUUCGUUCAGUCUAUCUCCACGGCUCUCAAUAUUUCCUCAGUUUAUGUUCCAUUUACGGCGUUCCCAGUUUGUCCAGGUCUUCAACAAUAGCCCUGAUGAGACAGCGUAUUUCAGAAUGAUAUUGAACAGAGAGAAUGUAGCCAAUUCAAUUUUGAUGAUUCAGCCUUCCUUAAUCUCGUACUCAUUUCACUCGGCACCCGAACCUGCUCUUUUGGACGUGGCGGCUAUUGCAGGUGAUAGGAUCCUUCUAUUGGACUCUUACUUCACUGUGGUUGUUUUCCAUGGAGCAACUAUUGCUCAGUGGCGAAAAGCGGGUUACCAUAGUCAACAAGAGCACCAGGCGUUUGCGCAACUGCUACGUGCUCCUUCUGAUGAUGCAGAUAGCAUCGUCACGCAAAGGUUUCCGGUUCCUCGUUUAGUUGUUUGUGAUCAGCAUGGUUCACAGGCACGGUUUCUUCUGGCUAAGCUGAAUCCAUCUGCCACAUAUAACACAGACGCACCUCUCCUGGGCGGAGACAUCUUAUUUACAGAUGAUGUGAGCUUCGAGGUCUUCCUGGAUCAUCUUCAAAGACUAACAGUGCAAUGAGAACUAGAUGGUGGAAUCCAAUUUUGUAGCUUUUCCUACUUAGCGAUAUUUUUACUUCGAUUUUUUUGUACAGAGAUGUAGCUUUAGCCUUUAAGCGAUUCAGUUAUAUGAAUCGCUAUUUUUUGCAGUCCGAUAAAUUACUAUUUGCCUCCCACAAUUUUGAAGCAAAAAACACAUUUGCCCUUACCUUAG